UCACACUUGGUAAUGAGUCCUGAGAAGCUGCCACCUCUCUGUUCUCCAGUCCAGUUUAACAGGAUGGACACCAGUAAGAGAGAAUACUCCAGUUUACUUUAUGAGGACAGCUCACUUACAAACAUGAGAUAGAAGAUACUGCUUUGAGGGAGGACAAUGGUGAUGUCAAGCCAGUGAUAAUAUGGCUGUUCCCAACACCUAUGGGCUGAUCUUCGCCUGUACCUGUGGAGUGAUUCUGGGCAUUGGGCUUGGUGCCAACCUGCUGGUCUUCUCUCUGUUUGCCAAGUACAACACGUUGCGUAAGAACCGCCUCGACAUCCUCUUACUCAGCAUGACUCUGGCCGACUUCCUUACCCUCCUGCUCAUCCCCUUCACCCUGCACUCUGCCGUCAGCAACUCCUGGCCUCUGGGCGACACCUCUUGCAAGGUGUACCAGUUCCUGCUGGCCUUCAGCUUGGCAGCCAGCACCUAUUCGCUCUGUGCUGUGUCCAUGACCCGCGCCAUGAUCAUAACCAACCCGUACCAGCCGCCUACCAUGGACCUGGUCAUCCUCAUGUUCGUCCUGGUCUGGGCCCUCAGCUUCUUCAUCAGUCUGCCACUGCGAAUGUUUGCCACCAAAGAGAGUGUGGGCCUGAGUCUGGCAAACUUCACCUUCUGCCUUCCAACCAUUCAUGAGCACCACUACCAAGUGGUCCUGAGCCAGUUUGUACUUUACUACUUUGUUCCAAUGCUGGUCAUCGCCUUCAACUACGUCCGUCUGGCUCUUUUCCUCCACAAGAGCCCCAUCAUGUCAGUGUCCAGUGCCAGGAACACCCGCCGAGCCUCCGUCAUGGUGUUUUUGGCCGCCGCUACCUUCUCUGUGUGCUGGCUGCCUGGUUAUGUGCUGGAGCUGUGUGUGUACCUGGGGCUGUAUCACCACGGACAGGCCUGGGAGAUGUUCUACUUUAUCUGUACCGUGCUCCAGUACCUGCACCCCUGUGUCAACCCUGUGCUCUAUGUGCUGCUGUCUAAGCGCUACCGCCACAGGAGGGCAGCCUGGCUCUUCAGCUGUAACAGGAACAGAGUGCAGCCGCAGGUCAUCAGCGUCACCACAGACAGCUUUUAAAUUGAGUCUGUGACAGUCAGGGAGACUUUUUUAAAUAUUGGUUUGUACAAAUCAGCUUCUGUGAGCAAUGAAAUGGAUGUUUUUUGUGAUUACUUUCAGAUUUCCUGUCCAUUUAUGAGGUAUAAGUGUGCUUGACUACAAUCAAAUUUUCUCAAGAGAUCCACUACCUAUUGCAAAAAUUUCUAUCUGUAAUUAUUUUUGAGGUAAACUAUAUAAGCCCCCUGUAAUGCAGAACUAAA